UCUACAGAUUUUUGUGUUUUGUGUUUGUUUGUUUAAAUAUUACACUGAUUCUGUUAAGUUGGUUCCUUGCUUGCACUUAAUUGUUGAAGAUUGUUUUAGCAAACCAUGAAACUAGAUGACACGAUCGAUGAACGUGAGAAUGCUCACUUUAAGUCCACAUACAGUCGCCAAAUUACACAGCUGUCGCGCACCACCCAAUUUGAGGCAACAGAAGUGGCUAGCAUUUUGAUGGUGUUUCACAAGUUUUGUCGACAAAAUCCACCAAGACUGCGAAAUAAAAUGCAACGCAGUCAGUUUGUUGACUUCUUUAUGGUGUUCUUUCCCAUCUAUGACUUGCCUAUGGUGCAGCGGGUUGCCAUGCUAUUGUGUGAACACGGAUCUCAGUAUAUCGAGGCUGAGGCAUUUGUCCAAUAUAUAGCUCUCAUAAUGUCAGAUAAUUUGGAGGAAAAAAGUGAAUUUGCCUUCAAAGUAUAUGAUGUUAUGGGUGUUGGAAGUUUGGAUGGCGAUGUCAUAAGCUCGGGUGUGGAGAAAUAUUUUUCUGUUGGUUCCGAUGAAGAUGAAUUGUCCGAAUUGAAAUCAGAUAUGACUGAAUAUUUGCUUAGUAAAUUCGAUAUGGAUCGUGAUGGCUGCAUUAGUGCCGACGAAUAUCGAAGGAUAGUGAAAAGCCAUCCGCCCAUGAUGGAAUUUAUGGGUGAAAUAUUUCCAGGUACUGAAUAUUUGGUGAGGGCAGCAUAUUGCAUGAACAUUCUGUCGUAUGUGGAUAAAUUGCAUUGAGCUCAAAAUUAUUGGAUGAUACAACAAAUAUUGAAAAUAAUAAUAACAUACAGUCCAAACAA